AUGACGUUACUGGAGUUUACUGGUUGUGCGCUGACAGCUUUCGGCCCGGCGUUGUCAAUGUUCAUUGUGACCAUCAUGAAUGAUCCUGUACGUGUCAUCAUAUUGAUAGCCAGCUCGUUUUUCUGGCUGCUCAGUCUACUAUUCUCGUCGAUAGUGUGGUUCGUCUUCCCCAGCAAGCAGCAGGUCUGGUUCGGAGUGAUCGUAUCUGUAUUGGUACAAGAACUCUUCCGUUACUUUUUAUAUCUGCUGUUACGCAAAGCAGAACGUGGACUCAAACGGUUUGUGGGGCACUCGUUGGUGUCCAACAACAAGCACAUGUUGUCAUAUGUUUCCGGUUUGGGAUUUGGCGUCAUGAGCGGUCUAUUUGCUUUGAUCAACAUACUUGCUGAAGUUGGUGGACCAGGAACAAUGGGACUCCGUGGUGGAUACAGCGCCUUUUGUAUUGUAUCUUCAAUUUUCACUGCAUUCAUCAUACUUCUACACAUAUUUUGGGAAAUACUUUUUUUCCAUGGAUUGAACACAGACAAUAAAAACUUCAUUUUGUAUGUCGUUAUUUCGCACUUAGUUGUAUCAGAAAUAACAUUGCUCAAUCAAUAUUAUUUUAAUACACUUGCAUUGUGUAUAGUAUUUGUAAUAACAUUGAGUUCAGGAUAUUACGCUUUCAAGACUGCAGGUGGACAUUUGCCUAUCAUUGACAGACUUAAAAAUCAAAAUACUACAACAGAAGCUGAGAAUUAA